CCUGAAGGCGUCGCCGUUCACCGCUGUGUGGCUGCAGCUCUGUGCAGGUCUGGAGGAGGAUGAGGAGCUGCAGGGAUGCUGCUGCCUCUGCUCCGACCAUCACACACUCGGUUCCUCUGGUUCCUCUGGUAGUCUGAGGGGGAAACAGCUGCAGCCAUGGCCUCAGACAACUGUCUGUUUGUGUGGUCUGAUCAGUGUGUCAUUGUGUGUCCUCUCUCCCUCUCCCUCCUCCUGCCAGUCCCCCCAGAGGCCAUCGGCUUCCUGUCGGCGGUGGGUGUCUUCAUCGUGGCGUUGGCCGUCCUCUUCCUCUUCAUCAACAAGAAGCUGUGUUUCUCACGCGUCGGCGGAAUGCCCUGCCUGGAGAAUCAUCGCCAACGGAAGAAGAUACGACUGGGAGUCCGCCAGGGGCUCGUCUUCUACUCCUCUCCUCUCCUCUCGUCUCCCAGCUUCUCCUCUUCCUCACCCCGUGUGUUUCCCUGUGUUUAUCUCCCUACAGUGAACAGCUACGGUGACAACGACGACGAAGACGACGACGUCUCCAGCUCCGACAGCGAAGACGAGGUCCUGAAGCAGUUCGAGAUCACCGUGUCGCGUUCGCAGAGUUUUCGUAACACCGCGGCGGGAAACAGCGGCGAAAAGCAGCAGACGCAGCCGACGCAGCUGUCGUUGGGCCGACGCCACAAAUUCACCCGCCUGUCGGACCAGGAGGAGGGCAGCACCGAGCCGUCGGACUGUGAAGAAAUGGAGGCUCAGAACCGGCAGCAAGGCUUCACGGACCCGCUGUCCGCGGCGGUAGAAGAGAGCGAGAGGGCGCCGCCGAACCGUCCCGACGCGCCCGCUGCACUUGAGGCGUCGGGCAGCAAGGUCAGCCCCGCCUCCACCCUGAACAUGAAGCGACUGGCCGCAGACGGCAGCGAGGACGUGGAGAAGGACGCGGUUUACGACAAAAACGAUGGCACAGACAGCUCGACCACCUGGAGCCCCGAGCAGGAGCAGCCCCCCCAGGAUGAGGUCCCGCCUCAGCCGGUCAGCUCCUCCCCUCGAACCCCCAUCUCUAAAUGCGGAGACCUGGUCCUCUCUCUGGAGUACCGGCCCGACUCGGAGAAGCUGCUGGUCUCCGUGAUCGCGGCCCGGGGCAUCCCCGAUAAGGCCCGCAGCGGCAUGGACUCCUGGCAAGUCCACAUGGUGCUGCUCCCAUCCAAGAAGCAACGCCACAAGACGUCGAUACAGAAAGGCUCGCUGCCGCACUUCAACGAGACGUUUCGCUUCUCGCGCCUGGACCCGUCGGAACUGCCCAUGUCGGCCAUCAGGUUCAGGCUGUACGCGCUCGGAGCUUCUCGGAUGUCCCGCGAGCGCAUGAUGGGCGAGAAGGUGCUGCGUUUAAGCGGGCUGGACCCGGACGGAGGGACGAUGGAGGUGACGCUGGUCCUGGAGCCUCGCAGUAACCUCAAGAGCUUGGACUCCCAGCUGAGCCUGUCUGCCGUGUCUCAGAGCGACAGCGCCUCGUCCACGCAGUCUCUGACCCACGGCGGCGUCCCCGAGCUGCUGGUGGGUCUCACGUACAACGCCACCACGGGACGCAUGUCUGUGGAGCUCAUCAAGGGCAGCCACUUCAGAAACCUGGCCAUCAACAGACCACCAGACACCUACGGGCGUCUGACUCUGCUGAACUCGGUCGGUCAGGAGAUUUCUCGCUGCAAGACGUCGGUGCGUCGCGGCCAGCCCAACCCCGUCUACAAGGAGACCUUCGUCUUCCAGGUGGCGCUGUUCCAGCUGUCGGACGUCACGCUGCUGGUCUCCAUCUACAACCGCCGCAGCAUGAAGCGCAAGGAGAUGGUGGGCUGGAUCGCCCUGGGCCAGAACAGCAGCGGCGAGGAGGAGCUGCUCCACUGGCAGGACAUGAAGGACAGUCGAGGACAGCAGGUCUGCCGCUGGCACGUCCUGCUGGAGGCGUAACGCCACCAAGAUUUAGGAUUUUUUUAUUUUAAGAGGAAAGAGAGUUUUUUCUUUAACGUUGGAGGAAUGAUCGAUUUGAUCGGCGGACAGGAUGAUGCAUGUGGCUUCAGAGGCGAUGGAUUCAAAGACUUAGCGUUCUCAGAGCACACUAUCGUCACAUCAACAUCAAACCUGGCUGGUUACAACAAAUUCAUCUGCUUUUGGAGGCCGACAUGAGUUUAAAAGUAAUAAAUAAAUGAAAGAAGAAAGCCUUCAGUUUACAAGUGGAGGCCAAAAUCCACUAAAGUAUUUCUUUCUCAUGUAAAACCCUUACAAUUUUGAAGGUUUGCAUGCAGAAAUACAUUUCUCCUCCUCAAUAAAACAAAGAUCCGUCGGCCUCCAAGAGGA